AUGCAGGCCGAAUCAUCCCAACCACCGGUUGCAUCGGUGCCUCCAACUCACUCCACGUCGCCCUAUCUCGCUGCAGCCCCACAAGGACUCUUUGCUCCUCCUGCACACUCCAUUCUCUUCAACCCAUCAAAUCAGACACAACCUCAGCAUUCGCCGCAGCCGCAAUCCAGCUUCGUCAUUCAAGGCGCAUCCUUCCCACCACGCGGCUUUCAGGAUCCUUCCGGCGCACCAAACGACGCUGCUUACCGUUCAAACGCCAUCCCACGCGCCGCUCAGGUGGUCGACUACACCAAUCCGUACCAGCAGCUCGACCAGCACAUCCAACAGCAGCCUCAUUCGGUGCCAUACAACCAGCAUCUCUACGCCUCAACUUCGUACGCCGCCUUGGCAGGUCCAGCUCCCAUGAACACCUUUGCUACCGACAUGUCCUCCAACCCAUACGCGCAUCCCGACAUGGGCAUGAUGCCGCCCAACGUCGGCGUCCCCAUGAUGCGCUACGCCUCCUUUCCGAUGUCUGCCGACGAAAUGUCGCGCGCAGGCUCUUCCAACGGAACUCCCGGCCCCAUGACACAGCAGGAUAUUGACAACUUGCUCGCCAUGUCGCGAGCACAGGCGGGCAGCCACGGCGAUCUGAGUGCGUUCCCCUGCACCUAUUGCGACAAGGUUUAUACUGGCAAGCACGCUCGCAGCAUUUGGCGUCGACAUUUGCAGGACAAGCACAAUAUUCCUCUCAGCGCUCAGCCCCGCCGUACUCGCUGGGACGGCGACGUCAACCGUCCCAAGAACGCCGAGGAACGUCGCGCUCGAAUGCUCGAGAGCAAGCGACGAUGGGCCAGGAAGAAGCGUCUCCAAGAGAAGCAGGCCGCUCACGGCGGCAAAUCGGGCGGCAGCAACACGCCCAUGCCCGACGACUCGGACGACGAUUGUGAUGUUGAUGGCGACGACAGCGCCGACGCAGAUGUAUCCAACAUGGAGAUGUCCUUUUCGCGCGACACCGAUGCCGAUGACUCGUUGUCCUUCAACCAAGCUUCUGCCCAAGCACACAUCCCGAGGAGAGCUUCGGUCAAAGCCCAGGAGGCUUCGCAAUGGGCGACCUCUCCAGAGGGUCAAUUCUUCGCCUCGCAGGAGGAACUGGGCCGUUCUGCCAAGAGACAGCCGUUGGCUCCAUCGACAGCAUACAACAUCGCAGGUCCAAGCAGCUUGCAGCCUCAAUACCCAACGCAGCUUCCGUCGGGUCCGUACGAGAUGGCUUCGGGUACCAACAUCUACUCGAGCUCUCCCAUGCACCGCGGUGGCAUCGCUCUUGCCCCUGUUUCGCAGCACGGUCCUGGUCUCCCUCUGCUCUCGAACGCCAACGCAAGCUUCAGCUCCAACAGUUCCGACUACUCGCAGCCCAACUCGGCCAGCUUCUUCAACGACAGCUUUGCUGGCAACAUGAGCAACUCCGGCAGCGACUCUGCCAACACUUCCAUCGACACGCCUGCUACCACGUGGCCUUCUCUGCCUCCUCUCGACGGCGCUCCGGAUAAAGCUGCCAUUGCUCGGGCCGUUGAAGGCAACGGAGCCGAUGCGCCUCGUAAGCAAAAGGGCGAUACUCGAGACGCAGCUAUCCAGUUGUUGGCGCUCCGAUCCGGCUCCAACUCACCCACGGACGACCGUGACAUGAGUUUGAGGAGGAGGGACGCUAUUGAGGAUGCCCCUUGGAGUUCCACGCCGAGCCGAGGAAAGGCUAUCACCUCGGAACAUGCCGCUCUCACUGCUCUGUCGUGCUCGACGACGGCCGAGGCGGGUCGCAAGGGUGGUGCGCUGGAAGAUGUCGGUUUGAGCCCAUCGCCUGUUUCGCGCGCGCUCGCUGCGUCGGGCGCCAAUGCGGUGCGUGCGAUGCCUGUGACCACACCCGGACCUGCCGGCCGCAGCGGAGACAACCCGUUCAGCCUGGACAAGCACAAGAUCUCGCCCUAUCGAAAACUCAGCUACUCGGGCGCACCCGUCUCGCCCACCGGCUCGCCGACGCAUCUCACCUUCGGCGGCGCAGGUAUGGGCAAGAGUCUCUCGAGCUCUGGCUCGACGUCGACGGCUGGCCCGCACGGCGUCAAGUUGGCUCCGCUGGUGAGCACUCCCAUCCGACCGUCGUCGCAGGGCGCUCGCGCCGAUGCCGAAACGGCAGGCGAACGUAUCAAGGUCGAGUCGCUACCGCCUUUGCUAGGCUCUGCGAGCAAGAAGGCGGUGGGAGGCAACGGUGCGCCCGUCAUGUCGACGCCUUUCUCCAAGCCCAUGUCUGGACUUGGCUACUCUGCUCUUCGCCGGGGCAACGUCGGCGGUGCUGCUGCGAACGCUCACGUCGCCUCGGUCGUGUCGUCCGUCCGACCUUCGCCGUCGCGUCACCACUCGGACGACCAAUUCAGCUCGCCGCAGCACCUCAAUCUGACCGAGAGUCUCGGGUUGGCACCGCACUCGAUCUCGCGCACGUCGUCGUACGCCUCGGGCUGCUACGCUUCGUCGCUCGGGCUGACGCCGAGCGUGGCGGGCAUGUCGGGUGGGUUGAUCAGUGCUACUCCGUUCCACUCGGGGUUGGGGGCGUUGAGUGGGUUGGGAGGGUUUACGCCGCUUUCGACGAUGAAGGGGACAGGGUUUUGGCCGGAGAGUACGCGCAAGUCGGGGGUGAAGGGUGGGCUGCUCGGCGCGUCGGUGAACUCGCCGACGGCGAGUGCUUCGGCAUCGCGCUCCACUACGACGAGCAGCAGUGGUGCGGGGAGGAAACGAAAACUCUCAGUUUUGGGUAAGCACACGUCGACGAUCAAGUCACGCACUGCAUCGCCUGUCGGUGGGAAGGGGGAUAUCUUUGAUUCGGAUUACCUCAAGAAGGAGUCGCUGCCGAGCAGUGAUGAUACGUUCGGGGAUGACGAUGAGGAGGAGGAGAAUUACGCAGGGAUCGAUACGCCGAGUAGGCCGACGGCGAAGGCGAGGAAGUUGGUCAAGGGUGGGGAGGAGAGGGGAGGGGUGGAAGCUGUGGUGGUGGUGGUGGCGGUGGAGGAGGAGGUGGAGUUUCGAGCAGCGGGGGUGGUGCUUGUGAUGACGACGUCGGUCUCAGAGUCGGACGAUUCGGAGGUGCUCGAGACCUCGGUAGUGGCAGGUGCGGUUGUUCGGAUCCUUGCACGAGGUGGACUGGUGGUGCUGGUGUUUCCACGGCGACGCGAAUCCACCUCUCCUCCUCUUCUCGAUCCUCCGGCGAAGCACUGUAACAGGAAGACAAGCGCAGCUUCGAGCUAUACGAUCCCGCUCAAAGCUUCCACAGAAAGUCUGCGGGAUCUCGCCUGGUCCACAAUGCUUUGUGAUUGGUACCUACUCAGUCACACGUCCUGUGCAAGCACGAUUCGCAACCGUCAACGAAUCAACACAAUCAACAGCUGCAAUGAGAUCAAGCCUCGUGCCAUUCAGCGUGUGCAGCAGUGA